AUGCGUGAUAUCUACUCCCGGGCAUCGUCGGUCACAGUAUUUCUCGGUGACGAUGAGGAGACCCCAGAUGCCCGUCUCUUGAAAAAGACGAGCGAGAACGUGUUCUACAGCGGCACCCAAGGGGAUGUCACCUGGGACGCUUGGAGAGAUGAAAUGGCUGUUCGUGCUCUUUUCGAUCGGCCAUACUGGUCUCGCGUAUGGGUUGUCCAGGAAAUUCUAUUGUCAAAAGAGGCAGAAGUCGUCCUGGGAAACUCCUCCAUACCCCUUCAAUCUCUGCUCAAGGCCCGCUUAGUUGAACCCAACAAAUCCAACAGAGCAUUCAAUAUCCCGUCAUGGCUCCGGUUGCGAAAGAUCCUCCCCAUAGAAGACUUCCACGGUUUCUCAACCCUUCUCAAUGAGACCUCGAGCUGCCUUGCAGCGGACUCCAAAGACAAAGUCUUUGCGCUACUGGGCCUGGUGCAGGGUGCUCAUUUGGAAGGGUUAGCCGCCGACUACUCAAAGUCCGCAGCUGAAAUAAAUAUCGGCAUAGCAGCCUAUUUUCUAACUCGACAUGGGCAAGGCAAUAUAUUGAAACAGGCAGCUUACGAGGAUAAAUGGGAAUAUUCCGGUCCGGUGCCAGGCUCACCCUCGUGGGUGCCUUCGUGGACCAGUUCCAAUAGACCUAAUUUCGCGGAUGAUAUCGACAGACAGUUUCGUGAGGAUCAAAAGCGUGACACUUUCUCUACAGACAGGGAUGAGACGCUUAGAUACUACGACACAAUCAGACCGAGGAGUGCAAGCCAUACGUCCUUGAACUACAGCAGACGCAAAGGGUUCUCAUUUCGAGUGCUGCAGGGAACCGGAGCUCUACUGGUGGAAGCAUACCCCGUGCUCCGGUAUGACCGAGGAUUAGGAGCUCUCAAAUUCUGCCACAUUCGAUCUAACUCCGUCAUUCUCACUCCAUCUACAUCCGCUGUGAAAUGGGCCAUUUACGCUGCGCGUGACGGGUCCGACCCGUCCCAUUCCUUCGCCUUACAGGAUGACUGGAUUGUGGAGGUACCAAAUUGUGACGACUUUCUCCUCCUGAGACCAAUAGAUGCACUUCCCGGAGUGUACCGCAUAGUGGCGGUGUGCGGCCUCGCUAUCGCUGUGGCAUGGAAUGAUGGUGAGGGAUUCCAGUCGCAAAGAGCAUCUCCUCAUGCGCCUAGCUACAGAGGUGAUGAGCUCGUCUCCCGUCUAGUUACUUUCGAUCAGCAAGAGUUUCUCUUCCUGGAUUCCUGGGCGCAUUCGAGGUUCACAAAUGUUUCGCACAGCCCUUCCUCAGAUACGGUGGGCACUGAAACGAUAGUUGUGUCCUCUCCAUUGUUAGCAGUAGAUAGGAGACGAUACGCGCAGUGGGUCGACCACAUAAGCCACUACCCAGAGGCGGAAAUGGACUCUGCUGGCUUGGAACACACUCUCAAGAAGGUUUCAAUUUAUCUCGAUCGAUGGCAGGACUUGGCCCUUUGGAACAGAAUGAUUUCAGAAUUGGAAGCAGUCUCCUGGCCCGAGGCAUUUCGGGCUCUAGCUGAGAUCAGGAUGGAGAUUUGGCCGGACCAAUCUCUGCCAGAGACACAGCCCUCUGAUCCCAGGCAAGCUGAAGGCACUAGCGAUGGUUCACUUCCGCCUGUGGAGAAUUUUGAGGUCAUUGUCGGUAAAUGCUCUGGCUUUGGCAUGCUAUUAAUGGCCGGCGACCCAUUCCGUAUCGCUAUCAUCGGUGCCGGCAUCGCAGGCCUGGCAGCUGCACUCUCGGUCCGCAGGCUGCUCCCUAAUCAACUCAUCCAAAUCACCAUUUAUGAAAAAGCCACCGAGCUCCGUGAGAUCGGCGCCAGUAUUGGUCUCAACCCGAGCGGACUGCGCAUCCUAGAUAAACUCGGCGUAGAUGCAGCACUUGAUGGGUCUAUCUCGUUCCGGCAGCGAGGUCAAUGGCCCAUGAUCUACCGGCAUUGGUCGACAAAUGAAGAGCUGGGGCACGAUGAGGUGAGAAGCGAGGUCAAGGAGAGGCACCUCAUGGGCCGAUUCCACAGGGCACAUCUGCAAGCGGCUUUGGUGCAGGCUGUAAAGGAGGCCGGCGGUGUCGAGAUUAGAUUAGGGGUUAGGAUCGCCGAAGUUACGAUCGAGAGAGAAGGGACUCCCGCUGUCAUCAUCUUUGAGAAAGGUGAUAAGAUCGAGGCCGACUUGGUCCUCGGGGCAGAUGGGAUACAUUCGAAAGUGAGGCAAGCCUUUGCGUCCCAGCACGAGCUGAAGUGGACUGGUCAGGUUGCGUUUCGAUCGGCAUUUGAUGUGUCCUUGGUCGACCAUAUCGAUGGUUUACCUGAUGAUGCCGUCUUCUGGGUUGGCCAUGAGAGGACUCUGUUCGCUUCGAGGCUAGGAAAGAACCAGUAUACUGUAGUUGGCAGUUACAUUGCCGACCCUGAAGAUCCAAGUAGUCCGUACCGCAACGCUAAAUGGAGUGGUCCAGGUGACGUGGAGUUUCUCAGGAGCCUAUACAGAGGAUGGAACCCUGUAGUGGAAUCCAUAGUCAACGCUGUGCCGUACACAAAGACAUACCCCAACCACGCCGGCACAGCUCUUUCCAGCCUCGUCUUCGAGGGCCGGGUCGCCCUGCUUGGUGACGCUGGACAUACUCAUGGCGGAGCCUUCGCAGCAGGAGGAUCGCUGGCUAUCAACGACGCAUACGCCUUGACACUUGCACUAGCUCAUGUGUGGCCACAGGAAGGCAAGCCUACUCAAGAGCUUCUAGGAAAGGCUCUAACACUCUACGACGAGACGCGCCGGCCGCUUGUGACGCGUGUCUUAGAUCUAGUCCAUGGCGCCGCGCAGAAAAAAAGAUGGACCGGGGUCAAUGGAAAGGAUGGGGAAAAGAAAGAGACUGAUGCGGAAAUGAGAAGCCGUAUCGCAAAUAGGCCAGAUAUGACCUGGUUAACAGAGCAUGAUGUAGAAGCGGAGUUCCUGAGGGUGGUCUCACACGAGAAGAAUGGCAUCUACACAACUGCGUAA